UGAUAAUCCCAUUUGCAGGAUAUAGGAGAAGAGUGAUAUUUAGGCCAAAACUCUCAUUGGUAGAGUUCACCAAUACACCACAGACAAAAACAGAGUACUGUUAUAUUUUCAGCCUGUCGUUGAGUUCAGAGUUUAUAUCUGGGUUGUGAAGCAGAAACAGAGAUGGAGAAUGGUGCAGACAACCGUGGUGAAAUUCCUGAGAACGCCAACGAACAUUGCCCAGGCCCCGAGUCAGAAUUGGCCGGCAAGUCUGAUUCUUGCGAAGGAUGCCCUAACCAGCAAGUGUGUGCCACUGCUCCUAAAGGCCCUGAUCCAGACUUGGUUAGUAUUGCUGAACGGAUGACUACUGUGAAGCAUAAGAUACUGGUAUUAUCAGGUAAAGGUGGAGUAGGCAAGAGCACAUUCUCUGCUCAGCUGGCAUUUGCACUAGCUGCAAUGGAUUUUCAAGUGGGUCUCCUCGAUAUUGACAUAUGCGGUCCAAGCAUUCCCAAAAUGCUAGGUCUCGAAGGACAGGAAAUACACCAGAGCAACCUCGGAUGGUCCCCUGUCUAUGUGGAGUCAAACCUAGGUGUCAUGUCUGUCGGUUUCAUGUUACCCGAUCCAGACGAAGCUGUCAUAUGGAGAGGCCCCCGAAAGAAUGGUCUCAUCAAGCAAUUCGUGAAAGAUGUUUAUUGGGGUGAACUGGAUUUCCUAGUGGUAGACGCUCCACCAGGUACCUCCGACGAACACAUCUCUAUCGUCCAAUUUUUAAAAUCGACGGGGAUCGACGGUGCUGUGAUCGUCACAACUCCACAGCAAGUGUCUUUGAUCGAUGUGAGGAAAGAAGUUAAUUUCUGCAAGAAAGUUGAUCUCCCGGUUCUUGGUGUGGUGGAGAAUAUGAGCGGGUUGUGCCAGCCUGUCACCGAUUUGAAAUUUGUUAAGGUUAUGGAAACAGGCGAGCAAAAAGAUGUUACUGAAUGGGCGAUGGAUUAUAUGCGAGAGAAGGCGCCGGAAAUGUUGGGCGUGUUUGGAUAUAGCGAUGUGUUUGAUACGAGCCGAGGGGGUGCUUUGAAAAUGUGCGAGGAAAUGGGAGUUCCUUUUCUUGGGAAAGUGCCUUUGGAUCCUCGAUUGUGCAAGGCGGCCGAAGAGGGUCGGUCGUGCUUUGUAGACGACAAAUGUGGAUUGAGUUCCGCCGCGCUUAAGAAGAUUAUUGAAAAAUUGGUGCCGAGGGAAAUGAUUUCUGAAAUGGAGUAAUAAUAUAAAGCUAAGUGUGACAAUAUUUUGCAAUGGAUUUAUUUUCAAAGGAAGUUUAUGUUCGGACACUUAUAUUAUUAAACAUGUAUUGUACUUUUCAUCUAAAUAGUCACUUUAA